GAAACAAACAAAUCGAUCGUUUGCGGAAGGUUUUUGUUUCAGAUUCCGAUCAGUUUGUGAAGGAAAGUUCGAGAGAUUUGAGCCUCUAAACGCUUUGUAAGCGAGCAGUCCGAGCCGAAAAGUCCUGCCUAUAGUAUUGAUAAACGUGAUCGGGAAGUUAUAAAGUGGGGGAUUACAACACUGCAGAGAAGGUGUUUUUGAAAUUAGGACGGUUAAAGUUCUCGAUCAUCGGGAAAAAUAGAGCUUGGCAAUGAGUGAAAUUAACGUAAUCAUUAAGACAACAAGAUAACACUAUCAGAAAAGCAUUAAUCUGAACAAUUGAGUAGAAGCAGAGAGAUCAAAAUGAGGCCCCAGCGAAACAACGGAGGAAGUACGUAAAAGGAUUCGUGAAUUUUUUUUAUAGAAACUAAUAUCCAGGUGAAAAUGGGUCAGAAGUGCAGGAAGGUCAGCGUGGUAAUAUUACUUUUUUUCAUCAUUUCCCAAAUAAAAUCUGACGAAAAUCCAGAUGGAAACUUCUCCAACUUCGAAACGUCAGUUAACGUAUGCAACAAAUGCAAUUGCAAAACCUACGACAACGUCUACUUCCUCAACUGCAAAGACAGGGAUAUGCACCACACGUUGAGCAACUGGCCAGACCACCAGAACAAAACUUUAAGGGCGACAUUCAGCUACAACAAUAUAACGACCUUGGAAAAAUUUCCUACUACCAACUGCUCCGCUAUGAUCACCCUGUCUCACUGCGGUAUCAAAUAUUUGGCACCAGGACUAUUCGAGAACAUGAAAAACGUCACCUACGUCGACCUGAGUUACAAUCUCAUAACUACCGAAGAAAUGUCAAUGGAGAAAUUCAAAGGCCCUUUCAACAAAAACGAAAACGAACCAAUCGAGAUCACGCACCUAAAUUUGGCCUACAAUCGAAUACACUCCCUCAAGAAAUCCCUAUUCGAGCAUAUGCCUAGAAUGAAACACCUAAACCUGGAAGGCAACGGCUUCAAAGUUCUAGACCUACCAACGCAGGCUGCCUUGACAUCAGUACCACACCUAGAGUAUUUGAAUUUAGGGAAUAACGGUCUUAGAGAAAUACCACCUGAGUUGUUUAAGGAAUUGAGGAACCUAUUGGAGAUAAACCUGUUCAAGAAUAGGUUUACUUUGGUUCCCGACGCUUUGGCCAACCUAGGGGCCUUGGAGGUGCUCAUUCUGGACUCCAACCCCAUCUAUGAAUUGACAGAUGGAACGUUUGGCGGUCUGGACAACCUGGUGGAGCUGUCGCUGAACAACCUGACCAACGUGGUGGACGUUCACGCUAACACGUUUACAAAUCUGAAGAAGCUGAGGAAGUUGUUCAUGUCCGACAAUAAGUAUCUGGAGGUGUUCGAAAAGGAUGCUUUCGGAAGAGGCAAAGAUCUUUCGUUGAGAGAGCUCUAUUUGAACAACAACAAUCUGAUCGACAUUCCAUCGGUCCUGCUGGACUGGUCCAGUCUGCACACGUUCGAAUUCAACGACAAUCCACUCCUGUGCAGCUGCAACCUUUACAACAUCUCCAGAAGACUCAACAAACGCAUAACCAGGUUGAAGGCAGGGCCCUAUUGCAUCGAAGAAGAAGAAAUCAGUGUUCAGGUGUUUUCUCUGGACGAUCGCGUAUGCAGAAGUAGCUACGAAGCAAGUAUAUCCUUCAGCAACGAAUUAAAACGAAAGUUCUCGGUCAUCAGAGUGUCUUUGAUCACGGUGAGUCUUGUCGCCUUGACAGCCACCUUUGUUGCGAUUGUGGUCUGUUUUGCGAAGCAGAGGAAGUAUGGCUUCCUGGGCCAGAACCAGUUCUCGAGGAGUACAACCAUUAUGUAUAACCCCUUGAGUAGGCAGCAAAGUAUGUGAUUCAUUUUGGACCACGUCGAAAUAAUUAAUUUUUGGUCACCUUGAAUAUUGUGAUGGAACAAUAUUGUUCUUAGUUUUACUCGUUAUUUUCUUACUGUUUAAUCAGUGUGAAGUGUCCUAUUUUUUAUGUGCCAAUUAGCAAACGUGUUGUAUACUUCGUAUUGAAUAAUUAUAACAAGUUACCUCUAUA